AGCGGAGUUUAUUUGGUGAUCCACUGAGAGAAGAUGGAAGCUGCAGACAAGAAGCUGAAAAGGUUGAGGAACGGUUUGGUGAAAGGCCUCAGCCAGGGCGUCAUUGGUGAUCUAAUUGAUAAAAUGCAGGACGCAGACGUGAUAAACAAGUCUGAAUGUGAAGAGAUUUGUCAAGUAAAUAAAACAACCAAAAACAAGGCAAGAUGUCUUAUUGAUAUUGUGCGGGGAAAGGGAUCUCGCGCCAUUGAAAAACUAUUUCAGAGUCUGAAUACUACAGAUAAAGAGCUGUGCCACCAUCUGGACAUUUCCUCGAAGGAAAACAAACGUGUCCCAACCACUCCACUAGCACCAGUGAUAGAAGAAUGUAAGACUCCGCGUCCAGAGCCACCCACUCCACCAGCACCAGUGUUCCUCAGUCCUGGUGACCGGUCGACACCGUCUACACAGUGGCAGAAUAAUGAGCUUUCUCAGAUGGCGGGCAGGCCAGCAGUGGGACCGGGGCGGGCCGUGCCGCAGGAAUACGACGGAACAAUCCCCACCAAACCCACCUUCACCCAUGGAGCUGCCACACAGAUAUUCCAGCAGGUUGUUAUGCCAAAUGUCUCCGUUCAGCCGCAUUUCAGCAUGAGCCCAUCUGUAUGGGGAGGAAAGACACCCCGGCGGGCACCAGAGCAGAAAGAGCCCGGCAAGGGGAAGCCGGUGGGCCGCGGAGCCCCAAAGCAGAAGAAAGUCGGGGCUCCAAAGCCGAAGAAAGUCGGGGCUCCAAAGCCGAAGAAAGUCGGGGCCCCAAAGCAGGGGGAAGCCGGUGCCCCAAAGCGGAAGAAAGCCGGGGCCCCAAAGCAGGGGGAAGCCGGGGCUCCAAAGCGGAAGAAAGCCGGGGCCCCAAAGCCGAAGAAAGCCGGGGCUCCAAAGCCGAAGAAAGCCGGGGCUCCAAAGCCGAAGAAAGCCGGGGCUCCAAAGCCGAAGAAAGCCGGUGGGUCGCGGGGCAAGGGGAAGCCGCGGGGCCGCGCCGCACCAGCACCCUAG